GUUUUACAAUCUGAUCGAAAACACCUCUACAUAUGUAAACGACCGGUAGGGGUCCGCCGGUCAGGCCGUCUCACCCAGCUGCAUCCGAUCCAUCGCCCAUACGGCAUCAUGGCCGGAGACCAGCAGCAGCAAGCUGAAGCCAGGGCAGCUGAUCCUCUCCACAUCGUGGUGUUCCCAUGGCUGGCCUUCGGCCACCUGCUCGCGUUCCUCGAGCUCGCCAAGCGGCUGGCGGCACGCGGCCACGCCGUCACCUUCCUCUCCACGCCGAGGAACGUCGCCAGGCUCCCGCCGGUGCCCACGGCCCUGUCCGGCCGCGUCCGGACCGUGGCCUUGCCGCUGCCGCCUGUCGAGGGGCUGCCGGAUGGCGCGGAGUCCUCAGCUGAUGUGCCGCGCGAGAAGGCUGACCUGCUCAAGCUCGCCUUCGAUGGCCUCGCCGCGCCCUUUGCGGACUUCCUCGCCGCCGCUUGCGCACGGGACCGGAGCAAGGAUGGCCGCCUAGAGGGGUUUGAGAAGAGGCCGGAUUGGAUCGUGGUCGACUUUGCGCAUCACUGGCUGUGCCCCAUCGCCGAUCAACACCAGGUUCCCUGCGCGAUGUUCUCCAUCGUCCUGGCAACCACGAUCGCGUACAACGGCUCACGCCGGGAGAACGCCGAGCACCCCCGCGUCACCGUCGACGACUUCAUGCCCAUGCCGAGGUGGUUCCCCUCGCCGUCAUCGUCGUCCCUCGCCUACCGCCGCCACGAGGCCGCGUGGAAGGCCGCCUUGUUCCGGCCCAACGCGUCGGGAGUCUCCGACAUGGAGCGCAUCUGGCGGACGGAGCAGCGCUGCCGCCUCCUCGCGUUCCGCGGCUGCCCGGAGGUCGAGCCCGGGGUGUUCCCACUGCUCGCCGAGCUGUUCCGCAAGCCCGCCGUCCCGGCCGGCCUCCUGCUGCCGGAGGCGGGGGACGCGCGCGGCGGCGGUGGCCGUGGCACCGACGACGGCUCUGAGGAGGAGGUGGCGCGGCAUGGCGCGCUACGGUGGCUCGACCAGCAGCCAUCGAGGAGCGUCCUGUACGUGGCGCUCGGCACCGAGGCGCCGGUGACGGCGGCGAGCGUGCACGAGCUCGCCCUGGGGCUCGAGCUCUCCGGGGUGCGCUUCCUGUGGGCGCUCCGGGCGCCGAGCGCCAACGCGGCCGGCACGCCGCUGCUGCCGGAGGGGUUCGAGGCGCGCACGCGCGGGCGCGGCGCGGUGUGCGCGGGGUGGGUGCCGCAGGUGCGCGUCCUGGCGCACGCCGCGGUGGGCGCGUUCCUGACGCACUGCGGGUGGGGCUCCGUCGCCGAGAGCCUCCGGUUCGGCCUCCCGCUGGUGAUGCUGCCGUUCGUCGUCGACCAGGGCCUCGUCGCGCGGAUCAUGGCGGAGCGGGGCGUCGGCGUGGAGGUGGCGCGGCGCGACGGCGACGGCUGGUUCGGCAGGGACGACGUCGCCGCGGCGGUGCGGCGCGUGAUGGUGGACGACGAGGGGAAGAAGACGCUCGCGCUCAACGCGACCAGGUUGCAGGAGUUGGUCGUCGGCGAGGAUGGUGGCCGGCAGGAGCGGUAUGUCGACGAGCUCGUGGAGUGCUUGCGGAGGCAUGGCUCCACCGGGACGCUUUGAGGAAUUGAGGCGACGCAAGUGUUCGACGACAGCUUCUAUGUACAAUGCGUAUAGGAUUUGUAAGGGCAUUUUCUGGUUCAGGCGGCAGACGACGGCAGGACGGCUCCAUGCGCCCAUAGAUCACAGAAAAGUCUAUGGGCGGUUCCGUACUUCAAUUAUUGCCGGAUUAUGGGUUUGUAUUUUUUUAACUAACAAGUUGUGUUUAGUUUCUCUCCCAAAUUUUUUUGAAGAGAAUUUUACCAUUUAGAAAUAUUAAAUAUCUGUUU